AUGAAGUCUGCUAUUCUUACCAUCAUUGUCACCCUUGCGGCUUCCGUUGCCGCCUCGCCUGUCUCUGAGCGCCCCAUUGGUAGCAUUACCGUAAAGCGCUCUACCCUCCUCAACGCGGCCUCCAAGCGCGACACAGCUGCUGAUAAAGUGACUGAGGACAACAUUUCUGACAGCGUCAACUCAUCCUGA